AUGGAAGAAGACGGGGAGAGUAUUCUUAAGGAAGACGAUUAUUAUCAAUUACUAAAUGUUUCGAAAACGGCAGCUCCAGAGGAAAUAAACAGUGCCUACAGGAGAUUCUCCCGCAUGUUUCAUCCUGACAAACACAGUACAGAUCCUAAUAAACAGAAAUGGGCAGAACAGAUAUUUAACAAAGUCAAAGAAGCUUACGAAGUGCUUUCUGAUCCUCACAAAAGAGCUAUCUAUGAUACAUUAGGCAAGAGAGGCUUGGAAGUUGAUGGUUGGGAGAUAAUUUUCCGCACUCGUACACCUAGAGAAAUAAGGGAUGAGUAUGAAAGGUUAAAAAGAGAAAGAGAAGAGAGAAGACUUCAACAAAGCGCAAACCCCCGAGGCACAAUAACCCUUUCCAUAAAUGCAACGGAUAUGUUCACUAAAUAUUAUGAUGAGUAUGAAAUUUUGGAAGAACCAUCUCUAUUUCCCAGUAUUGAAGUGUCCGGUAUGACAAUACAACAAUCAAUAGACGCUCCUGUCACUCUAAGAAAUACUGCAACUCUAUCAGGAAACAUAUCUACUCAGAAUGGAAUUGGAAGUGGUUCAGUGAAUAUAUCAAACCGGCAUCUAAGUUCAGAGAGAGGUUGGACAGAGUUAGAAUGCGGUAUCGGUAAUGGCCCAGUAUUAGGAUUUAAGAUAUUCCGAACCAUUUCAAGACUCAUGUUCGUUAACUGCGGUACCGGGUUGCAAUUUACACCGCGAGGUAUUGUUCCUACUCUUGUGUCAACUAUGGCCCUACAAUUAGACGCUCAUUCAGUUGGCUAUCUAACCUACAGAGGGGGAGGCCAAGGAGGAUCAUCAAUGACAACGACAUAUGUCAGAGACUCGGAGAAGUACCACUUGAACUCGGCAAUACAAAUUGGAAGCCCACACUCUUUUAUAUCAUUCAAUGUUAUGAGAAAGCUCCCACAGCAUGAUAUGAAAUUAAGACUCGCUCUGAAAUUCGGUACCUUCGGUGCUAUAGCAGAAUACGGUGCUGAGAAGAAAGUGUCACAAAACACCAGUGUGUCGGCGGCCGUUAUGUUGGGUGUGCCCAGUGGAGUAAUGCUUAAACUCAAGUGGUCGUGUGCAUCACAAACGAUAGUAGUGCCAAUACACCUGUGUGAGGAAGUGAUACCAGCGCCCGUGUUCUACGCAACAGUUGUCCCCAUGGUUUCGUGGUUGAUGCUGAAGAAAUUGAUUCUGGAUCCCAUGGCGAGGGAGCGAGACGAGAGACAACGGCAGCGGUCGAUGGAAGCUAAUUUUGAAAGAUUACAAGAAAUGCAAAGGCAAGCUAGAGCAACUGUAGAACUAAUGAGGGAAACUUACUCGAGAAACAGGAGCGACGAGGAAAAGAAGAGGGGUCUUGUUAUAUUAAAAGCCUUGUAUGGGAAACUUCCAUCAGGUGCAUCUAGUCACGAAACGGCCGCUGAAGAGAUCGGCGACGGCGCCACUGAGCCCCCUAGUCCUUACAGUGACGUGAUUGACGUCACAAUACCACUACAGUGCCUCAUAAGAGAUUCCCGCCUGGAACUUCUGGAAGCUAGCAAGUCCGAUCUGCCCGGAUUCUAUGAUCCCUGCGCAGGCGACGAGAAACACCUCACGAUUCGGUAUAUGUUCCAUAACAACUUGCAUGUAUGCACGGUCUCUGAUAAGGAAGCUGUUGUACUGCCUAGGACUGUGCAUCGAAUAAAAAACAGAUCCUGA